AUGGCUGCCGAAGGUCUCAUACCACGUGGUCUCCUCUUGGAUCGUGGCCAAGGAGGCGUUGAAGACCCACUCACAUCUUUUCACAGGCCACCGUACACCUUCAGUCUCUCUGCCUGCUCGUCUAUUGAGAGUGCGCUUUGUAUGGCCUAUGCAUCUGUCUGCUCGGAAUUCCUGCGGCAGCCAAAGCCAUGUGGAUUUUAUUUGACGGGGCCCGAAAGAGGCUUGAGCCGGGUGGACGAUAUGAUUCUUGAAGCAAAUCCUGCAGCCGACGAGCUCGUGCUUGGACAUUCCGAUCCUUUGCAACUUCCGCCCAUCCUGAUAAACACGAGGCGAUUGAGCUUCGGCUCUGGCAUGUCUGCCGGAAAAUGCAGUCUUUCAUCGUGUUUGUUUGGCCCUCCUUCUCAAUCAAGCCAUCGUUGCUCUGCAGUGAGGCAUUGA